GUGUGACUACUUCCUCCUCCUCACUUCCUGUCUGUUAUCCUACCUGAGAUCUCCUCACUUGCUCUUAUUGUUCUGCCAGAGACGUGUGUUUUAUUCUCCUGCCCAACUCCUGCACUCGCCUCCAGCCUGAGCUCCUGGGUUGGCUUGUCUCAGACACACAUUUAUUCUCCUGGAUUAUAGGACUGGAACAUUUCAGAUAAUUGCUUAACGUCAGAGACACAAGACUCUCCUCAUUAUAAACUGUGUGGAACCCCCCCUGAAUGCACUUUGUAGGGGUCCCAGCCGAGUAGCCCUGAUGUUCUGCAAAGAAGAGGAACCGUAUGAAUUCCCAGAAAAUACAUUUGGAACAAAUGAACUCCUGCCCAAUUAUCAACAGAAUUGCACCGAUGGGGAAGCCAUCUCCGAUACAAAAAGUGAUUUGGAGUACUUGGAAGUUGAAAUCACAGAUGCACAUGAGGAAAGCAACACGGACAAGCCCUUCACUUGUACAGAAUGUGGCAAAACCUUCACCCGGAAGCCCAACUAUGAGUCCCACAUCAGAGCCCACAAGGGGGAGAAACCUUUCUCUUGUAUGGUAUGUGACAAAGCAUUCGCUUGGAAGAGCAACCUUCUGGUUCACUACUCGGUGCACUCGGGGGAGAAGCCGUUCUCUUGUACAGAAUGCGACAAAACAUUCUCCAAUAAGGCCCAGCUGGAGAAGCAUUUGAGGGUGCACACGGGGGAGAAGCCUUACUCAUGUGAGCAGUGUGGGAAAUCAUUUGCUCAUAAAUGUGUCCUGGACUCACACCAGAGGACCCACACUGGGGACAAGCCCUUCUCUUGUACAGAAUGUGGCAAAAAGUUUUCUCAAAGGGGAAACCUUCACAAGCACCUGAAAACCCACAAACUGGAUCAACCUCACCUUUGUGCAGAGUGUGGGAAGACAUUCUCCUUUAAGAGCACCCUUCUUGAACACCAAAAAAUUCAUUCAGAGAUAAGGCCUCUCUCAGAAUUUGGGAAAACCUUCUCUGAUGCGCACAACCUUCUUAAACACCAGAGCACAUUCACUGAGGAGCAGAAACCUUUUCCUUGUACAGAAUGUGGGGAAAUCUUCUCUAAUGAGCAUGAGCUUCUUACACACCAGAGCACCCACACCGAGGAGCAGAAACCUUUUCCUUGUACAAAAUGUUGGGGAAUCUUCUCUAAUGAGCAUGAGCUUCGUACACACCAGAGCACCCACGCGGAAGGGCAGAAAUCGCUUCCUUCUACAGAAUCUGGGGGAACCUUCUCUAAUGAGCAUGAGCUUCGUACACACCAGAGCACCCACACGGAGGGGCAGAAAUCGCUUCCUUCUACAGAAUCUGGGGGAACCUUCUCUAAUGAGCAUGAGCUUCUUACACACCAGAGCACCCACACUGAGGAGCAGAAACAUCUUCCUUGUACAGAAUGUGGGGGGACCUUCACUAAUGAGCAAGAGCUUCUUGCACACCAGAGCACCCACACCGAGGAGCAGAAACCUCUUCCUUGUACAGAAUGUGGGGAAAUCUUCUCUGAUGAGCAUGAGCUUCUUACACACCAGAGCACCCACACUUCCCCUUCUACAGAAUUUGGGGUACAAACUACAGAGGACAAUCAUCAGUCUCCCAGCAAAGACCACACUGGGGAGAAACCUUUCUCUUGCUCAGAAUGUGGCAAAUCAUUCUUUUAUAAAAGCGUCCUCAAGGAUCACCUGGUAGUGCACACAGGGGAGAAACCAUACCAUUGCAUAGAAUGUGGGAGGAGCUACACUCAUCAGAGCAGUUUAAAGUCUCACCAGAGAACCCACACAGGGGUGAAAGCCUUUUCCUGUAAUCUAUGUGACAAAGCUUUCUAUCAUAAGAGCAAGCUGAGGCUGCAUUACAGAGUGCACUCGGGGGAGAAGCCAUACUCGUGUACAGAAUGUGACAAAACAUUCACUAAAAAGGAACAGCUGGAGUCUCAUUACAAGGUGCACACGGGAGAGAAGCCUUACCCAUGUCAACAGUGUGGGAAAUCAUUCUCUCAUAAAAGUGUCCUGAAGUUACACCUGAGAACCCACACGGGGGACAAGCCCUUCUCUUGUACAGAAUGUGGCAAAACGUUCACUCGGAAGCCCAACUAUGAGUCCCACCUGACAACCCACACUGGGAAGAAACCUUUCUCUUGUACUGAAUGUGGCAAGGAGUUUGCUUGGAAGAGAAACCUUGAGGCUCACUACAAAAUGCACACAGGGGAGAAACCAUUCACCUGUACUGAAUGUGGCAAAACAUUUACCUGGAAGAGCAACCUGCGCUCUCACUACACCACUGUACACGGGAUAAGUCCUAUACAAUAUGCAUGCACAGAGGAAGAUGUUAAUGUCAUAAAGACUGAAGAAGGGGACAGUUUCUCAUACAUGGUCACACUGGAAAAUUAAUGCACACAAGAUUGCUAAAAGCUGCUCCUAAAAAAUGUGUAAAUAGUGUGUAUGUGUGUGUCACCUACCUAGGGAUCUGGUAUAGGAUGCAAUGGAACUGCAUGGCCCAAGAUUACAUUUGUGUUUCAGUCACAUCCCUGCCCUGCUUUAUGGCAGCUGAGAUUCUAGCUAUCUGUAUAACAGAGCAUGCUCUCAUAAUACCCUGCAUGAAGAAUGAAGCCAAGAAUAUAGUAAUAAGGCAGCAGUGUGCUGGGCAUGGACAGAAUUGUGAGAAUACACUGGAAGGAAACAGAAUCUGCGGUCUGGGGAUUCUCUCCAAUGGUGCUGAAUGAUAAUGAAACACUAUGGGAACCUUGUGUUGUUAUAGGGGAAUGUAGGAAAUGAGCAUAGACACUAGUUAGAUAACAAUAAAAUAUGAUUUGGA